ACCAACAAAAAUGGACUUGAAUGCUGCGGCCGCCGAAAAGCCAGAGACGAGCUCCAAUUGCAGAAAUGACAUCAUUGCAAUGCUCUCGGCUAGUGGAUAUCACCGAGCAAGAGUUUCAUGUCUGAAUGACUAUGAUAAAAUUGUUGGCGGAAUUGUCUGGGCAAUCAUGAGAUGCGAUGACGUCGAUGUGGCUGUGGAUCUACUUUACGAAGAGUCUGAAGAUCAGAAUAUUAAAUUAAGAACGGAGCAAUCUGAAAAGUUAAUCGAAGCUCUGAAAGCUGUCCAAUGCCCCCAUGAAAUUGCAACUCAUCAAAUCUCUGGACUCGACUUUUUGGCACUGAAAAACGUGAUUCAAUGGCUUCUUCGACAUGUUUUAGCACAAGAAUCCAAAGGAAAUAAGUUUAAACAUUUUACGGAAUGGUUUUCGAUGCACCAUGAGCACAGGGAUGAAGCUUUGAAAGAUUUUCGGCAUCAUUUACGUCGUGGAGUCACUACUACUCGAUAUAUGAAACGAUUUGAUAAUUCGGCAAUGUUUAAUCUUUCAAUGGAUGCGAAAUGCACGUUGGCUGAAUAUGUUGUGUAUUCGAGAACUGGCGAUCGUCUAGUUGGCUUUACGGAUGAGACGGAGGAAACGGACAAUUUGAAAGAAGCUUCAACAAAAAAGCACGUGCCAACAACUACAGUUCGAAAAAUGAUGGAUGAAGCCGUCGUGGAAACAUUUAAAAACGACACGGAAUCCAUAAAAACGUCUCGUGAAGGAAUGUGCAAAGAAGUCGAUGAGUUGAACAUUCCACAACGACUUGAAGCUCUCGAGAGCCUUGUAAUAGAUGAAGCUGAGCUAUUCCAGCAAGUUAAGGAUACUCACAAGCAGCUCAGUGAUCGAUAUAAUACGAUUAAGAAUCGAGUCGUCAGCAAUGAUCAGAUGUUCACGUUUUAUAACAGCAACAGUGAUCUGGAUCAAUUGGCUGAAAUCGUCAAAUUUUUCGAAGUAACCCAGGCUCGGGCCGAUGAGCUGAGAGCCUGUGCAGAGUGUGACGUCAGAAUGGCUCAAAAUCACGAGAAUUUGCUCCGCCAAAACCGGGAUAAAAACGGAAAAAUGCAGAAAUAUUGUGUAAAACAACGAGAAAUUGUGGACGAUUGGGCUGAGAGGAUGAAGAUGGUUUACGUGACAUGUCGGGAUGUUGUUGCACUUCAAUUUCGUCUUGAUCGAUAUUUAAAAACUCUAAUUUCACAUUAUCGAAAGAGGCAUAUGGAGAAGCUUUUGGAGUCGAGUGAGCUCACACAGGAAGCGAAAACUAAUGUUAUUGAUCAUAAUGUUACUAUUGAUAUUCUAACGUUUUCCGCUAAAAUUAAAGGAUUUAUGGAUGAAGUUGAGAAGAGUUUGGUUGUUGAACCAGCUUCCCAAGAAUACCGUGACGCUUUUGUGUCCUAUAUGAAUGAUGUGAGAACUCAACUUGGCGAAUAUCACUGGAAAGCUAAACUGACUCAAGACAAGACUCUCGCUGAAAAGGAUACACUGGCGGCGUUAAGGACAAGAAUUCGACAGAAAGAACGAGAAGUUUCGAAUACUUCUGAUGAAAUGAAGAGGAUGCUCAAAAUCUACGAAUCCCUGAAGGAAGUUGACAGUCUGCUGGCACAACGUGAGGAGAUUUCACCCGCAUUCCAGUACGCUCUGGACAGCAGAGAAGCCGAAGAGGAGGACGAAGAAGCCGAAGAAUCUUAAAAUAAUUUUUAUUCAAUUUUUAAACUUUUCAAUUUGAUCCCGCCGCCUUAUAGAUUCACUUUUAUUUCCCAAAUCUUGUUGUUGUUUUUUUUUAAUUUAAAAUGCUUCAUUUUCCAGUAAAUUCGUGCAAAAUUC